UGUUAAUAUAAAUCAUAACUAAUACUCGUUAUAUUAAUUUCAUUUAUCUAGGAAAAACGAUGGAAAGUGUAAGAAAAAGAAUUAACAUUGAACUGGUGUCUAGUGAACAGCGACUACAAAAACUUAUUAACAAAACAACCUUUAAACACUGCACUACAUACAACGAAAACCUACAUGCGGUUACGUUAGAAAAUAAAAUCAUUAAUUUUUGUAAACCUAUUUAUAUUGGUUUUGCUGUGCUAGAUAUUUCAAAGACCCUGAUGUACGACUAUCACUAUAACGUUAUGAAAAAACACUAUGGCGAUAAAAUCGAGCUGAUGUACACUGACACCGAUUCACUGGUAUACUACAUUCAGACCGAUGAUUUUUACAAUGAUCUGGUGAAUAAUUCUAACUUGCUUGAUCGAAUGGACACGUCAAAUCUACCCCAGGACCAUCCAUGUUACAUUGCUGAGAGAAAGAAGAUUCCCGGGCUAUUUUCUGAUGAAACAGAUGGGCACAUUAUGAGAGAAUUUAUAGCCCUUCGAGCAAAGUCCUAUGCAUACAUUUUGGAUGAUGAAGAAAAAAUCAAACCAAGAAUGCAUUGCAUGUCCAAGAUGGCUGAAGACAUUAUGGCUUGUCUUUAUAAUAAGUUUCUAUAG